CCUGCCCAUGCGUUUCUGGGUGAACAUCCUGAAGAACCCKCACUUCAUCUUUGACGUGCACGUGACGGAGGUGGUGGACGCGUCGCUGUCCGUCAUCGCUCAGACCUUCAUGGACGCCUGCACCAAGACGGAACACAAACUGACCCGGGAAUCUCCCAGCAACAAGCUGCUCUAUGCAAAGGAGAUCUCCACCUAUAAGAAGAUGGUGGACGAUUACUACAAGGGAAUCAAGCAGAUGGUCCCAGUCAGUGACCAGGACAUGACACACACCUGGCUGAGGUGUCCAGGGAACACACAGACACGCUGAAUACCCAGGCAGCCUUGCACCAGCUCUACCAGUAUGCAGCAAAUACUAUGACGGGAUCAUCCAGUCUUUAGAUGAGGACCCAGCCGCCAGAGUAAACAGCUGACUCUGCGGCUGCAGCAGAUAGCCGCCGCCCUCGAGAACAAAGUCACCGACCUUUAACCUCUGACCCCUAGAGAAGGGGGGAGGAGCUAUGGGACCACUCUGUAGACCAGAUGAGGGGGACCGGAGACUGAGGCAGACUUCAGUUACAGUAUCAACCAUGAAGAGUUACACAUAUCUCUUCCCCCUAGAGACAUGAGAAACUGUGGGAAACUAUUGCGUUUUGGCGAAAAUACUUGUGAAGGAGCAGAGCUACUGGGCCAAAGUUGGACAGGAUGAUCCCUAAUCAUCAGUCUCCCUCUCUCUCUCUGACUCUAUGGAUCCUAUAUACUGAAUGAGCAAGGCCCUUCAGUACAGUCCCUGAGUGAGCUAGCAGACUGUAAACCCAGCCUACGGUAUAGUCCCUGACUGAGCUAGCAGACUGUAAACCCAGCCUACGGUAUAGUCCCUGAGUGAACUAGCAGACUGUAAACCCAGCCUACGGAGGAUAUACGGUACACCACCACUGACCAACCAUAGCAACUAUACCUGUCAGUCCCAUGAUAUACAACCUGGUGUUGAUGACUUACAGCUUGUACAGAUAAUCAGAUGUUUAAUGUGCUCCAGAGUAGACCAGAGUUAGGAGAGUGGUGUUGUAUGUAAAUAUAUUUUUAUGGCACAGGCUUUAUGCAAAAGACGCUUUACAUACCAAGAUGAAAUUAUUUUUAAAAAGGAUGGAUGGGCAAAACUAAGUUUGUUAAUUUGUGUUUUUAAAAAGUUUCUAGAAGCGAAGAAGCAGGGUGUUCCAUGAUGUCAUAUCCUGUGUUUAAUCGAUUGGUUGCUUACUGUGUAAUCUGCAUUGCCAUUGGCUAGUUAUGACUGGUUAAUCACUUUGUUUUUGUCAUGAUUUGUAUUUGUCGUUGAUCUAUUUUUGAUUUGGGUUCUCCGUGUAGWGCAUUAUGCAGGGGAAUAGGAUGCAGCAGCCUUGAACCACUUCACAUGAUGACCGUGUCACUAUUCCGGGUCAGCGCUCCCCUAUACAGUAGUAAAACAAGCCAAACAGACUCAAAGAUGAAGCACAUUCAUACUGUACCAGAGACAUCAACGUCUCCCUGAAACUAACUGGUGGACCAAGUUAGAGCUCACACACGUUAGGCUUUGGCUCGACUAAGUGCCCAAUACACAGUGGACCUGAAGAUCUUCUCAUUUUUAUACAAGAAAUAAAUCAUUUGCCUUCAUUUUUCCAUCUUGGGUSCAGAAAUAGUACGUAUGUGGAUAGAUGAAUCAGGGCUCUGUUAAUC